AGUAACUUCCAAACACGCGGCUGAACUACCACAAUGUAACUGUGGGUUAUACAUUAACACAAUUUUUGCUUUGCACGCACACCGGAGACAGUAAAUAAUUAUUUUUUCACAAGUUUCUCUUUAUUAUUGAUAUAUAGAAGUUAUUAUUGAUGCUUUUCAAAUGUUUAGUGAAGGAACGUGUAGGAUAGCAACAAAAUAAUCUGGAAUUUAUCAUAAAAUGACAUAAAAGAUGGGCAAUGUACAAUUGGCUGUAGUUAUUCUCUGCGUCAUCGCUAUCUUAUUAAUAGCUUUUUUCGUUUUUUUCCAUUCGCUUGAUUUCAUAGGAUGGAUACAGGCAUGGAUACAAUCUAACAAAGAGGAGAAGGCAUCAUUAACGAGAUUAAAGGGUCAUUACAACGCUAAUGGAUAUUUAGUUCACUCGGACUCUGAUAUCCAACUAAAUUGUAGCACGGGCAGUUUCAAGAGAUUCGAUUCGGUAGACAGGGAUUUCAAGAUCACUCUCGCCACCACUAGCCUUACGGAUGAUUGGAACCGUUUUCAAGACGACAGUUCUAUUCCUCCUCAACCUUUAAGACCCGCACCAGUGCCUGUCACUAUUUCGUCGACUAAAACACCUUCAAAAGUAGAUCCUAUAAUUACUCCCACUAAAACCAGUGUUGAAGAUAGCAACUUCAUCGAAAAAACAUCAAUCUGUCCCAUACCACGCCCAAUUUCUUCAGUUAACAUGGCUACUUUGCUUUCUCAAUCCUCAUUUCCAGUAUGUAUAACCCCUCCUCCAAGCCCAUCAAUGUUCCAGUUUCCUCAGACAAGUCCUUCUGUGACUCAGUGUUCCGCAACAGAAACCAAUAGCCCCCAACAAUAUUCAGCAAGUUCUAAUCCACCUCUGAAGCUCUCAGGAGUUUAUGUACAACAAGGACAACCGACUGCAUCGCUUGAAUCUCCUCCUGUUCCACCACAGAGCGAAGAGAUUGAAGUGGUACCCAGUGCCCUAAAGAGGGCUAUAUCGUGUGAUAGUGUAUGUUCAGAUACAUCAGUAGGACUAGGAGAUCUAGAAAUGUUAAAUAUUACUGGUUAUUUGUGUAUAGGCCUAGAAUAUGACAGCGAGUGUUGGGAUUUGGUUGUUAACGUACUGGAAGCUAAAGAAUUGCGAGGGAUAGUAAGAAAAGACGAUAAUUUAGACACUUACGUGAGAGUGUCACUUCUCCCCGAUAAAGAAGCUACCAUACAGACCAAAGUUUAUAGAAGCUCGGGAAGCCCUAGUUAUAAAGAGAGAUUUCUUUUUUCCAUGAAUCCCAGGGAACAAUCACAAAGAGUACUUUGUUUUCACGUGUAUUCAACUGAUUUUUUGUCACAUACUUUAAUAGGAGACGGUGAAAUACGACUUUCUGAUGUUAGUCUGCGACAACCUGUUACGACAUGGGUGACAUUAACUGAUACUGGACAAAAAGGAACGGAAAUUGGUGAAUUGAUGUUUUCUUUAAGUUAUCUUCCGACAGCUGAAAGAUUAACUGUUGUCGUGGUAAAAGCACGUAACUUAAAAUUCUCCACUGAAAUUCCUGGGGAAGCUUUUGUUAAGGUAUACUUGAUGCAGCAUAAUCGAAAAAUAAACAAGAAAAAGACUUCAAUCAAAAAAGGAGAGAAAUGUCCAAUAUUUAAUGAAUCUAUGAUGUUCAGUGUGCCUGCGCAUACUUUGUCGACAAUCCAAUUAAGGCUUACUGUAGUUGAAAAUACAACAGAUGAAACAAACCGUGCAAAAUCGAUAGGACAUGUUAUCGUCGGUGCCCAAGCAAACGGUAGAUCUUUGGGUCAUUGGAAUCAAAUGUUGACAGCGCUCAGGAAACCUGUGGCCAUGUGGCAUUGCCUCAGAAAACAGUCUGAAGAACCAACAAAGUUCAAUGCACAAGAUUAAUACGUAAAUAAACUCACUAAUUGUUUUGCGUUUUGAGGAAAACGAUAAAAAAAAUUUUGAUGGUCACAUCAACUUUAUCGUUAGACCACUUUACUAAAGACAAAUCAGUAUUUUUUCAAAACAAUUGAAACAUUGAAAACGGUCCAGAAGAAAUUAUUGUAUUUGAAAAUGUAAUUUUUUCAUCGACAAGUCUUGUGACUUUUUCCAUAUUUUUUAAACUCUUCUCCUUUGAACUUUAUAGGCUGUACCCAACGUUUAAUUAAGUUUUUAAUUCCUUCUAAUAUUUGUUUCAGCUAUAUUCCUUAUUCCCGAAACCAUUUAUUUGGUUUUAGGAACAAGAAAUAGUCAGUAAGGAUUAAAUCGCCGAAAUAGGGCUGAGUGAGCAAUUCGUAGUGUAUGAGAUUUGAGCUUUACAAAAUAAUUUAUUUUUCGGCCAAAUCCUUUUUUCAUACCUCAUGGAACUAGCCCAAUAAAUUGGAUUAAUACCUUUAGAAAGUAGUUAAUUUGGAUGAUAUCGCGUAUAUCCCAAAAAACGGUUGCCAUGAUUUUAGUGACUUCUUCGGCAUCGAUGCACCCAGAGACACCUACUGCUUUGACUACUAUAUGGCCUCAUGUGUAUUGCGGUUAAGCCACCAAACAUUUCUCCUAAAUUGUCACACGACAGCGUUAGAUAUCGAUUUUGAAAAAACAGGGCACUCAUUAUCAGCAUCUCAUCAAAUGAUAAGUUAAAAGCUCUGAGUCACGUACGACACUUAUAGCUUACGGAAUCUCUCGCUCAUUCAAUUUAUCGAGAAUUUUUUGUUUCCAGAGCUUUAGGAAUCUUCCGCGUUUGUACACCCAAAAUAAAAUUCAGUAAACCACUCUUUCAUCAACUAAAUUGAAGCAAACUUGCCGUGUAAACUAUUUUUUAGUGAUUGUAAACUGUUUCCAAGCUCAAACUGACACAUAUUGUUCAGAUUUUAACUAAAGUGAAAUGACUCUAUUUUAUGGAUAGAAGCUGAAUUGUUCUUUUAGUUAAAUUCAAAAUUCGUACAAUUUUUUUGGAUCCAGUCUAGUCAUCAAUAAGUCGACAAAACCACAUAUUAAGUCGUUUGGUAUAUUUGUGGUCUUACGAUAAUUGUUCAGUAUCAAUUUACUCUCGUAUUAGAAAGUAAUAUUGAAUCGUCUAUCAAUAAUGCGUUCAUCAAUCUAAAAUGUUCAGAUAUAGAGAAGUUUUGCUUCAAAUUUCAGUUUGGAUGUUUCUCAAACUAUCAGCACAUGCGUAAUUUUAGGAGAAUCUAAUACCUGAUCCACAGAUUCACUUCUUAUUGCUAGUUCCUAUAUUUCCAUCAAAAAAAGGAAGACAGAAUUUGAAAUUUGAGAAUUUUUGUCGCCUCCUUUGAGAACACUGAAAAUCUCACUUAAUCGCGUUGUCAUGUUAGCACGAAUAUACAACACUGGUAAGCCGUCUUCUUCUUUAUAUGCAAGUAUUCAUUGUUAUUAUUAACUUUCGGACGUUUUUUUAAAUGUUUUUUGUCUUACAAAAAUUAUAUUGAAAUUCUUUGCGUAAAACAAAAUAAUUCUUAGUCUUUUCCAUGUCAGACUUUGGUGAAAAGCCAUUGUCUUGUUUAUUCUUUUUUGGAAAGCUAGCGACAUAAAGUAAAACUGCGAAUCAGGCAUAAGUUGAUUUGAAAACGAUUACAUACAUACAUUUUGCGUAUGAUUUAUAUGACUAAGUUCAUUGAAAUCUUAUACCAUAAUUAAUUUAGCAUUUUAUUAUUAAAAAUCUUUUUCAGUGGAAGUUGUUUAGUGUCCUGUUCUCUUUCUAACCACACUGAAAUUAUCCUAGUUAAAUGCUAUUUUUACAUAAAAAUGUACCGAAGCCGCAGAAGUGUUAUAUUUGCCAAUUUGAUCGGAUACUGUAGUGUCAAAAUCAAUGUUUUUACAUUGAGUGAUUAUUUUUAUAAUACUAACAUUAUUACAAAAUUUUUAAAUGAAAAUGUUAUAAAAUUACGUUGUGUGAACAGUUUAAAAUGGAAUUUACAGAAGACCCUAGGCUAUGGAGGAUAGAGCUAAGGAGAACUCUAUGUGUGUGAAAAGUCUCCGUACUAUUGCAAAAUAAUAUAAAAUAAUAAUAAUAAAUAAUAAAAUACCUACUCCUACAGAUUUAUAUAGCUUUCAUAGGAUUUCUACCAUCUUACUAGUUGAUGAUGUUAGAUAUAUUAAUGCUUUUAAAUGACACGGGAGCUGCAAGAGUCCAUUGGUAGCAGAAGGCUACGAGGAUGAUUCUAUGACAAACAAAAUAAAUACGGAAAAUAGAAUAAUCCAAUCAAUAGAGAAAAAUCCAAGAAAUCUUAUUAAUUACAAAUUAAAUUAACAGUUAACACCACCAUUAAUAAAUAUUUUAUCACUGAUGGUAUUUGUAUAAUCGUGGAGAAAGUACAUAAGUCUUUUACUUAUACCCUAUAAUGGGUAUCAUUCACUCGUCCUACGCAUCCUAUCGUAAUUUCAGCCUAGUGAAUAAUAGCCAUCAUUAUACGCUAUACUAUUUUUCGCUUUCAGGGGGACAGAUUUGAGUGUCCCAUAAGAGAAAGUGUUCUUUACCUCUACCCUUCAUACUCUAGAUGCAGAUGAUCUACGGAAGGAUCUCUUGGAUAUGCUAACAAAUGAGAGAAUUUUGAGCGUCAUCUUAAAUUAAUGCAGCGUCAAAACUAAAGAUCGUUUAACUUUUUAUAAAAUAGCAGAAGCAGUAUUCUGAUGAAAAAAAAUUGAAAAUGCCACGUCGGAUUUAGGUACAAUUGUACAUGGACGUACAGGUAAUGGGCGCGGUUUAUUACCAAGGCCAUAAUAUCUGGCUGAGGCUGGGCUCCCUCCACAGGCGCCUAAUGGAUAGAUGAAACGGAAAGGAUACAUUUCAUGGUUGUUUAUUACUAUUACAUUGUUUGAUAAGUAUAAAAUCUAAAAUAUAACAAAGUGCUGGUCAGUUGAUCAAGUAUUUAAUAAGUUCAUCUUUGAUGUUUACAGAUCUCUCGUGAUUUACUAGAUGCUUGUUUCCAAUUUAAACGGUACACACUGUAUAACUAGCGGUACAGUAUAUUAAUAAAUUUCAAAUAUGUAUAGGUUUUAUUUUAUCGAUGUACCUACGACUGAACUAAUUUUUCUCAUUCUGCAUAUUAAGAUGGCCUAUUAAUUAUAGUCCACAAAGAAUGGUGGACAAAUAAGUUGUGUAUUUAAAGAAAAAUUGUUUGUUGUACGAUGUAGUUGAUUUUUUUUGUAAAAAAAAUGAUAAUUGGAAGUGGAUUUAUUUCUAAACUUAUCUUGUACGCUUAAUUUUUGUUGUGAAGUCAGAUGAUUACUAGAAAGUUGAAAAUUCAACAAAAUGACCCCCAAUUUCGACUACAGUGAAUAUUAUAAAUUAAAUAUAUUUAAAAUAUACAUUUGAGUUUUAAUGAAUUUCUGUAAUAAUAAUUUUUCUGUAAUAUCCAAUUUUUUACCCUUCUGAAAAAGUAUAUUCUUUGUAGUAAAAUAUUUUUCAUCGCCAUUUCUUUGAUUGUAAAAAAAAGAAAUUAUCAGUAGUUUCGAAAUCCGAAAAAGCUCGUAGCUUCAUUAAUAGAUUUUUUAUCUUGACCAAAUAAGGUUGUUUGUUCAUACCUUAUGAAAUUCCAGGUUUAAGUAGUUUUUUGCAAUAACAAUUCAUUAUUUUUGUAUAAUUCUUUCAAGUUAUAUACGAAGUGUGAUCAAAAAAUACGGUAACAAAAACAAAGUGAAUUGGUACUUCAAAGUUUGAAAUAAUUUCGAAUUGUGUUACAGGUUGUAGACUCGAAAUCAAACUGUCCAAGUGUUUUUUUAAAAACCAACGUUACGAUCUUUUAUGUGACAUUCAUCAAGGCUUUUUAAAUUCAUUAGACGUCAGUCAAAAGAUGAAAUACAUAUAUAUACAUAUUCCACACGAACAGAUAUCAGUCUGAUAGAUGUAUCUUAACUGGAUUAUCUCUUUGUGCGGAGUAUGUAUUUCAUCUUUUGACUGACGUUUAAUGAAUUUAAAAAACCUUAAGGAAUAUCAUAUAAAAGAUCGAAAUGUUAGCGUUUUAAAAAACUCUGCACAUGACAGUUUUAUUUUGAGUCUUGAACCCGGCACAACAUUCGAAAAUACAUACUAGGAAGGGCAAUGAUAUCAACAAUGACAUUUGAAAUAAUCCUUGAAAGUGUAAUGCUUUUGGUUAUGAAUUCACUUAUCAGAAUAUAGAAUCUAUAACUGUCAAUAUUUCUGGAAGUUUUCUUCGAAAUGAUCCAGAAACGCGUCCCCUUUAGAAUAUUUGCCAGAGCUAGUUGUCGAAAGGAAUACAAAAAUCAAUUGUCGAUUUUUCAGGUCUCUUUCUUCAAACAUAGUUUCGUACGAGUACCAGAAUCGUCACUCUUAAGUGACUUUUAAAUCCCUCAUAUUACUAGUACAAAGUCUUUUAUUUACUACAUCAGCAUCAUUGACAGAUUUCAACAUGUUGUGAGCUUCUUUGGCCCACUACUUCAAUACUGUAAACAUUAUCUCGUUACAACAGAUAUAGAAGAAGACUAUAUCUGUUGAAACUGCUUUUCUCAACAAAUUUAUUCCCCUUUCUUUUGAUAACACCUCGUAGUUGAUAUGAGAAAUAACUAGUCUUUUUUCUUCCUAUAUUACAUUAAAUUCUUCGAGAAAACAUUUAGUUUACUUUUACCUUGAAUAAAAAAUUUUAACCUCAUAUAUUUAAAAAAAUCCGGUUACUAAAAUAUCACGUUUACAAUUUUCAAAAAUAACUGACUUCUCAACAAAAUAUAAACUCAAGCAAUUACUAUUUAAUUAUUCACAUGCUCAGCAUUAUCAAUUGAUUUGAAAUCAGCAAAAGGUCAGUACCAAACAUAAGUUAUAUUACCAAAUUUUUGGCACCGCAGAAUGAUCUUUCCAGAGGGAAUAAUCAGACAUCUUAGCUUUUGAACUCAUCAAAUCAGCAUAAUCAUUUGAAACUUAGCAGGUAAAUAAAUAAAAUUCGGAAAUAUUUAAAAGUAAUCUUUAUUUACACCAAAUAUGAACUUUCGUAACCUCACAGAUAGUCAACGCUGUUAUCUUACCCGGCAAUACAUCUCACUCUUUUCUCUCCAAUAUUUUCUUUCUAGCAGUCACUGAAACCAAGCUAUACCGUUCCUACUGGUCACUACCGCCACAGGAAGCGCCUGAUGAGAUUAGUUUCAAAGAAAACUGACGAGGUUCGAAGUUACUUAGUUCUAGAAUACCUCGCCAAUGCCAAUGUGGGUAAGAAACAUGAAGGAACGAAGAUAUGACCUCCUUGAAGCUAACGAAGAUACUGGAGUUCAUUAAAACCAUGGAACUGAAAGGAGAGUUAAAGCAUUGCAAGCAUACACAUGGCAUACUUCAGAUAAGACACCUCCCUGAAGCUAACGUAGAUAGUGGAGUUCAUUAGAACCUUGGAACUGGAAGAAAAGUUGAAAUAAAUAUUGAAAGCAAGCAUACACAUGGGAUACUUCAGAUAAGAAACCUGUAGGAACAAAAAUGUGACCACCUGGAGCCUAAUGUAGAAACUGAAGUUCAUGAGAACUCUGGUACUUGAAGGAGAGUUGAAGUAGAUGUUGAAUGCGAUAGGAGUACAAUAAACCUUCAGAUUUCAGUGCGAUUUAACCCCUCGGCUAGGAAUACCUUGCCAAAUGGCAUGCUUCACAUAAGAAACCUGUAGGAACGAAAAUGUGACCUCUUGGAAGUACUAGGGAUACUUCAGUUCAUUGGAAUUGGAAGGAGGGUUGAAGUAGAUGUUGAAAGCGAUAGAGGGCACAAUAAACCUUGAGAUUGCAGUGCAAUAUAACCACUAAGCUACGAAAACCUUGUCAUUGCAAGUAUAUACAUGGCACACUUUAGAUAAAAAACCUGUAGGAACGAAAAUGUGACCUCCUAGAAGGUAAUGUAGAAACAGAAGUUCUUUAGAACUCGGGAACUGGAAGGAGAAUUGAAAUAGAUGUUGCAAGAGAUAAAAGUACAAUAAAGUGUGAGGCUUCAGUGCAAUGUAUCCCUAAGCUGGGAUUACCUUGCCAUUGCAAGCAUACACAUGGGAUACUUAGAUAUGAUAUGAAACCUGUAGGAACACAGAUAUGAUCUCUUUGGAGCUGACGUAAAUACUGGAGUCCAUUAAAGCCCUGGAACUGUAAGACGAGGGGAGAAAUAGUUCUAAAUUUCAAAAAAUUAGAAACUAAAGUAAAAGAAUAUAAAAGACCUGAAAUGCAUAUUGAGUAAGAUAUUGAAUAUGAGUACUUCUUAUAAAGCUUUCUAAUAAAUAUGUUAGAGUAAAAUACAGAAUAAUAGUUAUAAGACUGCAUGAAUAUCAACAAUAAACGGUUAAACUUUAAAAUGAUGAAGAGCAAAAAUGAAGUUUGAAGUUAUUAAUACCAAAAGCUUUAUAUAAAGUAUUAUUAAUAAUGGAGAUAGGUAGGUACUUAUCUUUUUAGCAAUUAUUUCUGAUAUACCCUAUAUAUAUUCAAAUUUCACUCAUAUACAGGGUAUUUAUGAACAUAUUACAUAUUUUUAUAUAAUUGCUGAGUAAUGUCAAUAAUGCGCGUUUCGAUAAGUAUAUCUAUAACUUUGUAAACAUAGUUGAUUCAUAUCAAAGUAGUGAUUUCAACUUCACGCUUUUCAAUUAAAGAAUAUUCCAAUGAAUUUUGUUAAAUGUACAUAAAAAUCUGUUGGGAGUGGAUUCCACAAUUAAUGCAAUUCAGCUUCUCAUGUAUUUUUUUUUUCUUAUUAUUCAUUUCACACGUGCGUAAUCUCUGACUAUCAGUUCAAAACUAUUAACUAGCGCAUGUAAGACGACAGUCACUGGUAACAUCCGGUAAAAAAAUAUAUGUAUACAAGGAUAGUCGUUUAUUAACGGUCCGUUGUCUGGUGAAAAAAGUGGACGUCUACAAGCGCUUUUACUGUCCAAACAAAUAUCCAUCGCGGCUCCCCAUAGAUGUCUCGCUAUUAAGACCUUUAUUUAAGUUUGUUAUUUUUGGAGGACAGGCUCGGUUAACCAAGACUUGGAUAACCGGGAGUUUACUGCAUCUCUAUAUCGCGUUUGCCUUGGAUUUUAAAAAAUUUCAAUUAGGGGUAUUUUUAAAAAUUCGAAAAGGUCAGAAGAAAGGGGCAAAAAAAUUGAUAUUUUAUGUUGACGCCAUUUUAUGAUUUUUUUGGCUAAGGUCAAUUCGAUAGCGACAUCUUUACAGAUUAAGAAUUUUUUAUUCCAAUCAAUAUGAGGGUUAGAAUCAAGUCAACCAGGGUGAACCGUUUUUUUGUAGCCCACACUUUACCGAGCUGUAAUUUAUUGAAAUUCUGAUUUCUUUAUCUUUUUAAAAAGUCAAUAUACAUCAUACAAAAAAAUGCGAUAGUAAAAAUCCCUAAAAUUUAGGCUUCUAGAUCAGAACACCCCCUUAAAUAGGUUGAUAUGUUAUGCCUAUAUAACAUUUAAUAAUCUGAUUAUAAUAAUUAGAAAAACAAAACGGUAUUUGAAGAGUUUAAAAAUCGAUUCUAGUCAGACAAAAAUAGAACACCUACAUACUCAGAAUACAUUGGAUUAUUCUAAAUUACCCUGUUCCUGAAUCAUCCUUCUAACACCCUUAAAAGUGUUGACUUCCAAAAUAUGUGAUAAGUGAAAUAAUGUUACUGUUGAAACUAUUAAAAUUCUAUUGUAUAUUUAUGGAUAUGUUUUUCAUUCGUUCUUCAACUCGUUAAGUGUACCAUCUUUUUGACAAUAAAAUAUUUGUGUAUACCUUUUAAAUCAGUGUAGAUGAAAAAUGUUUUUUAUUUUUAGAUAAAUUCUAAGUCAUGAAGAAAACUUUGUAUUUGAUGCAAACGAAAAAUAUCUUAUUCAAUUCUCUGGUAUUUACUACUUCAAUAUGUUAUUUUCAACAAAUUCCUAAUACAACAAAAAUCGAAUCGAAUACAAAAAAAAAUAAAAAAUAUAAACAGUGCUUAAAAAAGUGUAACCACGUAUUUGGAAUUAUUCUGACAGGAGGUGGGAAAAUAGAGACAAUUGGAUUAUAUAUAAAUAUCAGUUUCCAACGUUUUUCGAUGUCUUCAGAUCUCUAACCGCCAUCUGUCUCUAUCCUACCAUAGAUCUUCUAUUAGUUCUCUCUCCAGCUUCUUCCUAGUCUUCCUCUUCUCUUACACUGCUGUCUGACAUUCUUUGUACAUGAUCAUACCCAAUUAGUUGUUUGAUUUUGAUGUCAUUGAUAAAUGUGUGUCUAACUCCCAUUAUCUCCCUUAUUCUGUCAUUUCUUAUCCUGUCCUCCCUAGAUUUACCCAACGCUUUUCCAUUUCUGUCGUCAUUUCACUGCCAUAUGUUAUAAUACUUUUGAGGAUCGCAUAUAUAUUAGUUAUUUUUUGUCUCUUGAUAUUAUUUUAUCCCAUAAUAUUCCAUUUCUCAUAGUCUUUUGUCCUGUAUAUUUCUCUCUUUGAUUGCUGUGUCAUGUAUUCCUUGCAGCGUUUUAUUUCUAUCCCGUCCUCUUAAGUCGAUGUCUUCUGCUGUUGUUCCAGUACACAUACAUUCAAUUUUUUUUGUAAAUUCAUUUCCAGAUUCCAUUUCCUGUAAUCUUCGAGUCAUGUAACUUAAAUUAUCAUGAUCCUCUGGUAUUACUAUUAGAUCCUGCAAAGCAAAGUAUAUAUAGUAUAGUGGUAUAUACACUGGUGGUAUUCUUAUCCUUUUGCAUUUCCACAGUUUGUUGGUCUGCUUUUAUUAACCUGUUUGUGAUAUUUGUUUAUUGGCUAACAGGUACAAUGUCAUAAACCUUCUUCUCCACAUAUAAUAAAUGUAUUUCUUGUUCUAUUGCGGUUUAUUAUAAUCAUUUGUGUAGCACAGUAUAGGUGGUCAACGGUGGAUCUGCAGGCCCUGAAACCAGCUUCUAUGUCCUUUUAUGGUUGAUUACUAAAAAAAUCUUCAAUUAUGAAAACACCAUUAAAAAAUUAAAGGUGAAAACAGGAAUAAAAUGGAUACAGUCAUUAAAGGAACUGAGAUCUAUAACUAUUGUUGAUACACUUUUUUCACAUAACCUAACCUCUAUCAUUAUUACCAAAAAUGGAGGUCUUUGUUAUUUGAUUGUGAAAAUUAUACAAACUCAAAUAUAGAUUUUCUUUAAUUCAUAUCAAAACAUUUUUCAUAUAUACUUGAUUGAUUCCGUAGCUACAACCAAUAAAUAUAAUAUCAUCUCCAAAACAUCCAUCAACAAUCUACCACGUAGUACAUAUGAAUACGUUGAGAACGAAAAUAUAUGUUCUAUUACAAAUACAAUUUGAUCUGUACUUUUUUGCUUUAUAUACGCUGUGAUACAAUAUAUAAAUAAAGGGCACAUCUAAUCCCAAC